CCCCCUCCGGUCAUGCCUUAUUGCUCCAUGUGGACUCCGGAGUUUCAUUUCUGUUCGCCAGGACGAGGAGAGCGGGACACACUGACAGGACACAUUUUGGGACGUGAUCAUGGCUGAGGACGGAAAUCACACUGAGAUGGAGACGGAAGCACCUCCAGCGUCGCAGGAAUCGCAGAGUGUGAUGUCGCGUGUAAGUAACCUGGCCCUGGUGAGCUCAGCGUGUGACGCCGUGUCCAGCGCAUACAGCAGCACGAAGGAAAACAUUCCCGUCCUCAGAGGAGUGAUGGACGCGGCCGAGAGCGGAGUCCGGACCCUGAGCACCGCCGCCAGCUCAGGAACUAAACCUAUACUGGACAAACUCGAGCCACAAAUUGCCAUGGUGAACGAGUACGCCAUGAAAGGGCUGGACAAGAUGGAGGAAAAACUUCCUGUCUUACACCAACCAGCGGACAAGCUGGUUUCCGAGACAGUGGGAAUGGUGUACCAGUGUGUUUCAGGAGCGAAGGACGCAGUGAUGGGGGCGAUGAUGGGGGGAGUGGAGGUGACCCGUACCGCCCUCAGCGGAGGUAUUAACACUGUCAUGGGGUCCCGCGUGGGGCAGAUGGUCAGCAGCGGAGUGGGUUUGGCUCUGAACCGAUUGGACGGACGCGUGGAGCAGAAACUCCCGCUGACUGAGACGGAGCUGGCCGCUGUAGCAGAGCCUCUGCCGAAGAACGAGCUCGAGACCUCCAUGAGCAACGAAAGCGUGGCCUCCCAAAGCUCCGCCCCCAGCUACUUCGUGCGUCUGGGGAAGCUCUCGGCCCAGGUUCAGGAGCGAGCGCUGGAGCUGUCACUCAUCAAAGCCAGCGCUGCCCGGGACGCCACGCACAACGCCGUCUCCCAAAUCACCAGCACCCUGGACCUGCUGGAGAACAUGAGAGGAGCCAAGACAUUGAAAGGAGCGCAGGAGCAACUGCUCAAGAGGUGGCGGGAAUGGAGACAGGAGGGGCAGGAGGAACACGGGGCAGAGGCCAUGGAGCAGGACGGCCGUGAGGAUGGCAAAGAGAACGGAGAGCAGCUGGAGUGGCGUGCCCUGUCCAUGGUGCGCGCGCUGAGCGAGCAGCUGCACGUGGCGUGUUCGGGCGUGGUGUCCAGUGUUCAGGGUCUCCCCAGCGCAGUGCAGGAGCAGCUGAAGAGCGCACGGCACUCGGCCAAAGAGCUGCACUCGUCCCUCGGCAAAACCACCACGAUUACACCAGUGCUGCUCGAACAGAGCCGGAACCAGCUCACACAGGUGAGACAGUCACUGGACGGAGUGAUGGACUAUCUCCUGAAUAACACUCCCCUCAACUGGUUGGUCGGGCCGUUCUCGCCCCAGCUGACGGAGCGACGGCCGGGCCCGGAGUAGCGCCUCAAAAAUAACACCUUCAAAUGUGCCUUAAAUUAUUGUCUGUAAACUCUUUCAGCUAUACUGUGACCAGAAGAGUAUCAGUGUAACGUUCAAUAAACUCGCUAAUCAAUCA